ACCCGAAUCGGACGGCAUUCGUCCAAAAACGUGUAAAAAAACUCAAAAAACCAGUGAAUACCCAUAACUAUAGGUGAAGUGAACAAUACCUUGGACCGUUUGCCGAAAAAAAAAACCAAGCAUGGCCCGAUUUGAAUUUAAAUCAAUACACGAACGGCUCGGACACACAGUAAAGGGAUUCCUUUUAAUUGCAUGCCAUGUUUUAUUCUCGAUCAUGUGCCAUGAUAGCGAAAACGAAUCGCAUUGAGGAUUUAGACGUUAUGACAAUAACGAGACAAUAAAAUAUAGACUACUAUAUUAGCGUUUUAGAGAUUAUAUAAGAAGUUAGAAGAUAAAGUAUUUGGAAUUGAUAUUAUAGAAACUGUAACUCUAAUAAUAAUCGAAAAUGGCGAACACAGCACAUUUAAUGAGAAGGCAGAGUUCCCGAGAUUUAUACGCUCAGCGUUCAUUAGAUCGGAUGGAAAUGAAAGAGUUGAGAGGGCGUUUAGUUACAAUGGAGAAUGGACACCCAAUACAUCGCACCCAUGUUAUGUACGGAGCGACAAACCAGGCUUUCGAGGACACCAGCCCAAACCGACGGUCUUCAGAAACGCCGACAAGCAAAGCAAGUUCGGAAAACGAAAGAGGUGUGAUUAAACCAGAGGGGGGUGGAAUCGAGAGGGAAUCUUGGGACAGCAAGCUGACUUUCUUACUGGCCACCGUUGGUUAUGCCGUUGGUUUGGGUAACGUGUGGAGGUUUCCAUAUUUAGCCCAAAAGAAUGGGGGUGGAGCGUUUCUUAUCCCGUACUUUGUUAUGCUUGCAAUUGAAGGGAUACCAAUAUUUUAUUUGGAGCUCGCGAUCGGUCAGCGUUUGAGGAAGGGUGCUAUUGGAGUUUGGCAUCAGGUUUCUCCGUAUUUGGGCGGUAUAGGGAUCAGCUCGGCCGUGGUGUCGUUCAACGUGGCUUUGUACUAUAACUCUAUAAUCGCGUGGUGCCUGUUCUACUUCGUUCAAAGCUUCCAGGCUGAGCUUCCGUGGUCCGAGUGUCCGAGGAAGUACUUCCGCAAUGGAUCCUAUACCACUGAACCGGAGUGUGCUGUAAGCAGCCCAACACAAUACUUCUGGUACCGAACAACCCUUCAAAUAUCCGAAGACAUUAACUAUCCAGAAACCUUCAACUACAAAAUAGCUCUUGCCCUCAUAGUAGCCUGGAUCUUGGUCUACAUGUGCAUGAUCAAGGGCAUAGCAUCUUCGGGCAAAGUGGUCUACGUCACAGCCACCUUUCCUUAUAUUGUACUAGUGAUAUUCUUCUUUAGAGGAAUCACUUUGAAAGGAAUGGGAGAUGGGCUGAUACAUCUCUUUACUCCGAAAUGGCAUAAGAUUUUGGAUCCCGUGGUUUGGUUGGAAGCUGGCACGCAGAUCUUCUUUUCAUUAGGUCUAGCCUUCGGAGGUCUAAUAGCGUUCAGCUCAUACAACCCAGUCGACAACAACUGCUACAGGGACGCAAUCAUGGUGUCAAUGACGAACUGCCUGACGUCGAUGUUCGCGGGCAUCGUCGUCUUCUCCAUAAUCGGCUUCAAAGCCACCAUGGUCUAUGAGAAGUGCCUUGAAUUGAGAAACGAGACGCUACGAGAGGUGUUUGGAUCAGGGUAUAGGUCGAUGGUAUUUCCUGAGGCGGGGCAGAAUGUGACUGUGGAUUUGAACGGCAAUUUGACGACGUUGGUGAUGCCGACCUUGCCUGAAUGCGAUUUGCAGAAGGAACUAGAUAAUACCGCAUCAGGGACCGGCCUAGCGUUCAUAAUCUUCACAGAAGCGAUCAACCAGUUCCCUGGCGCCCAGUUCUGGUCCGUCCUAUUCUUCCUCAUGCUCUUCACGCUGGGCAUCGAUUCACAAUUCGGAACUUUGGAAGGCGUGGUGACUUCUAUCGUUGACAUGAAGCUGUUCCCGAACCUUCGUAAGGAGUAUCUGACUGGAGGACUAUGCCUGAUCUGUUGCCUGUUGUCUAUGGCAUUCGCGCAUGGUUCCGGAAGCUAUAUCUUCUUGCUGUUCGAUAUGUAUAGCGGGAAUUUCCCGUUGCUGAUCAUAGCGUUCUUUGAAUGCAUUGGGAUCGCUUACGUGUAUGGUGUGAAAAGAUUUGCCGACGACAUAGAACUCAUGACGGGUCAACGUCCAGGCAUAUACUGGAUGAUUUGCUGGAAGUACCUUUCACCUUUGGCCAUGCUCUCCAUCCUGGUGUCCUCAUUCGUCGAGUUGGCCAUGGAAGGCUCCAGUUACGAGGCCUGGAUUGCUUCUGAGGGCGAUACGGUGAAGAAACCUUGGCCGAUAUGGGCGGUGCUGUUGGUGCUUGUGCUGAUACUUGCUUCGGUGCUGUGGAUUCCUGGAUUGGCUAUUUUCAGAUACUUCGGAAUCCCAAUAAUAGACGACGAAGAACGCGCAUGGUUCCCAGCGGAUGAUCUUCGUGACUUCCACGGCAUCGAACCCAGGCCCGUCUCCAAGUUGGAGACCUUGCUGUUCUGCACCAGACCUGAUGGAAGCGAGGGUUGCUGCUGGCCUGGCUGCUGUGAAACCGACGAUGAAGAAUAAACCAAAAAUAUCAGGUUAACUCGAAUUUUCACCAUAAAAAAUCCCGUAGUAUUCGUACUAACAUAUCAAAGUAAGGAAACAUCCACAUAUCUUUGAAAAUUUUUGAGUAUUCCGUAUAAAAAGUAUAAUAGGACUUAUUAUAGACACCUACCUAUUAUCGAAUCACUAUCGAAUAAUAAUAAUUAUUUAUUAUAGUUAAUA